AAGAACCAGACCCACUUUUCCACAAUAAUCCACUUCACAAAUAGACAGAAAAAGUAACCAAACACACCAAAUUCCAGAAAUUCACACCAUCAUAAGAUGUUUCUGUUUCUUUCUUUUUAUAAACAAUUUCACAUGAUAUAUUAUGUACACUUAAAAGUGACAAUUAUCUUCAUCUUAUGGAAGAAAAUUUCACAUAUUUUUCAGUGGCUAAACAAUUUUCAAUUGUCACUAUUGUCCUUAUAAAUAAUAAUUGAAAAAAUAAAGUUAGCAAAAAUAUCCACCACUUGUGAAUGGCAAAAAAAUAUCAUUAUCAUUAUUAACUAUUAACCUUAGCUUUUCAAAUAUAUUUGUAACUUCCAUUUUGUCUCUCCCUUAAAUUAAUUUUUCACCACUUUUUUUAGUGCCUUGUACAUGUUCUACAAAAUGCUUAAGCUCUUUCUUUGUUCUUACUUUUGGUUCCUUCUUCAUCUACAAUUCUUAGCCACUGGUUAAUUAAAGUUCAUCUUUUUAUUCUCAAAUUGAACAAAGCUUCACUUUUUUAUGCACCCUUUUGCUGCUUUAUACAUACAUAAGCCACAUCAUAUAUCAUUUCUGAAUCUAUAAGGCAAUUCAUCCAAUCAUGGUUAAAGUUUGGUUAUUGGUUCUAAUGAUUCUCUACAAUGGCUUCUCUUCAACUGUGGAUGGCAUUCAUAAUUCAACAAGGCCUGAUGUUGUAAAUAUUGGAGCUCUCUUCUCUUUCAAUACUAGUGUUGGUAGGAUUAUAAAAAUCGCUUUAGAUGCCGCGGUCGAAGAUGUAAAUUCUGAUCCAAAUAUUCUCGGCGAGACCAAGCUAAGGCUCUCUCUUCAAGAAGAUUCUAAAUAUAGAGGUUUUCUUAGCAUUGCUGAGGUUUUGCAGCUCAUGGCUAGAGAUACUGUGGCAAUAAUUGGCCCUCACAGUUCUGUAACAGCUCAUGUCAUAACUCAUAUUGCAAAUGAGCUUCAAGUUCCCCUUAUCUCAUUUUCAGCUUUGGACCCUACUCUUUCUUCACUUCAAUUCCCAUUUUUUAUCAGAACUUGCCACAGUGAUCUUUUUCAAAUGGCUGCAAUAGCAGACCUUGUUGACCACUAUGGAUGGAAAGAAGUCAUUGCUGUAUACACUGAUGAUGAUAAUGGGAGGAAUGGAAUCAGUGCCUUAGGUGAUAAGCUUGCCGAGAAGCGUUGCAGGAUCUCGUAUAAAGCGCCUGUGAGCCCCGAAGCAACUCCGGAGGAGAUAACAAAUGCGUUAGUUCAGGUGGCUCUUGCUGAAUCAAGAGUUAUAGUUGUUCAUGCCAACACUCUUUGGGGCCAGAAAGUGUUUAGUGUCGCAAAGAAUCUUGGAAUGAUGGGAACUGGUUACGUGUGGAUAGCCACUGCUUUUCUUUCUGCUAUUCUUGACAUAAGUAGUCCUCUAUCUUCUGAUAGAAUGGAUGAAAUCCAAGGAGUGUUGACACCGCGCGUGUACACGCCGGAUUCAGAGCUUAAAAGAAAGUUUGUUUCUAAAUGGAAAAACUUGACUCAUGGAAAUACUGCCAAUGGCCGUCUUGGACUCAGUUUUUUGUCUCUUUAUGCAUAUGAUACUAUUUUUGCUCUUGCUCAUGCACUUGAUGCAUUUUUCAAGCAAGGGAACAAAAUCACAUUCUCAAAUGACUCAAAGUUAUCUUCACUAAAAGGAGACAACUUGCAUCUUGAUGCAUUGAACGUUUUCGAUGAAGGAUACUCGUUACGUAGAAACAUUUACGAGGUUAACAUGACAGGUGUGACAGGUUUGUUCAAGUAUGGACCUGAUAAAAACCUUGUUAAUCCUGCAUAUGAAAUCAUGAAUGUGGUUGGAACCGGGACUCGAAGGAUUGGUUAUUGGUCUAAUCACUCUGGAUUAUCAGUCAUUCCUCCAGAAACACUGCUUUCCAAACCAGGUAAUGAUUUCAGGGAAAGUACAAAGUUAUUACCUGUGAUUUGGCCGGGAGACACGGCUCAGAAGCCUCGCGGUUGGGUUUUUCCUAACAACGGAAGGCUAUUAAGAAUUGGAGUACCAAUAGGAGUAAGUUACCAACAAUUUGUGUCACAAGUACCAGGCACCGAUACAUUUCAAGGCUUCUGCAUUGAUGUGUUUCUUUCUGCAGUUAACCUUUUGCCUUAUGCUGUUCCCUAUAAGUUUAUUCCAUAUGGGGAUCAUAAGAACAAUCCUAGUAACAGCGAGCUUGUCCGUCGGAUAACAACCGGUGAAUUUGAUGGUGCAGUAGGUGACAUUGCAAUUACUACAGAAAGAACAAAAAUGGUGGAUUUUACUCAGCCAUUUGUUGAGUCUGGUUUAGUGGUAGUAGCACCUGUUAAGGAGGCAGAUACAAGUGCUUUGGCCUUUUUGGCUCCAUUUACACCAAGGAUGUGGUUUGUCACAGCUGUCUUUUUCAUAAUAGUUGGAACUGUUGUUUGGAUUUUGGAGCAUAGGGUGAAUGAUGAAUUUAGAGGACCACCCAGAAAACAAGUGAUUACUAUUUUUUGGUUUAGCUUUUCAACAAUGUUCUUCUCACAUAGGGAAAAUACAGUGAGCACACCAGGUCGUUGUGUGCUACUUAUUUGGUUAUUUGUAGUUCUUAUAAUCACUUCAAGUUACACAGCAAGUCUCACAUCAAUCCUCACAGUACAACAACUUUCUUCACCCAUUAAAGGCAUUGAGAGUUUAGUAAUCGGCAAAGAACCAAUUGGUAUCGCUCAGGGUUCAUUUUCUAAAGAUUAUUUAAUCCAUGAAAUUGGUAUUGAUGAGUCUAGGCUUGUUCCUUUAGUAACACAAGAAGAAGUUGCUAGAGCACUGGAAAAGGGUCCUCAAGAUGGUGGCAUUGCUGCUUAUAUCGAUCAACGUGCCUAUAUCGAUAUCUUCCUCUCAAGCCGCUGUAAAUAUACUAUUGUAGGUCAAGAGUUCACCAGAAAUGGUUGGGGAUUUGCCUUUCCAAGAGACUCACCAUUAGCAGUUGACCUGUCAACUGCCAUUUUGCAAAUGGUUGACAAUGGAGACUUACAAAGGAUUCAUGACAAAUGGCUUUUGAGUAGAGCUUGUUUAUCACAAGGUGCAAAGCUUGAAGUCGAAAGACUCAAACUAAAAAGUUUUUGGGGCCUCUAUGUGAUAUGUGGAUCAGCUUGUUUGCUUGCUCUACUCAUAUAUGUAAUACAGAUAAUUAGACAGUAUCUCAAGCACCAAGCAGAAGAACCUGAUUCUCCUGACCAAAACCCAAGCCCGGGAUCUUCACGUUUGAGGAGUUUUCUCUCCUUUGCAGAUGAAAAAGAAGAGACUGUUAAGAACCGUUCGAAGAGAAAGAAAAUGGAGAGAAUCUCUUAUAGAAGUAGUGAGGGAGGAUCAUCUUCCAUCAUCUCCAAUAAAGAUUAUGUUGCUCAGCCAUCUUCAUGCAUAGCUGAUUCUGUUUCUAAUGGUGGAAGUGAAAAAGUAUUCAUCAAAGUGGUGUAAGUAUGGCUUCUAUAUAUAUAAUAUUAAAAAAAAUUUAAAAUGUACAAGUUUUAAUUAGGAAAUUCUACUUGCAUGCAAAGAAAAAAUUAGAAUGCACAUGCAAAUAUUACAUAUAAUAUACAAAUUGUAUCUUUUUUAAAAUGCGGCAAAAACAAAUUGCCGGCAUGAGGCAUCCAUCUCCAGUUGUAACAUAGCAAUUGAUAUUGCAUAACCUUGGUAAUUAGGUCUCUGAUAUAUGAGAAAUUCAAACUUCAGAACAUUGAAAUUUACA